UUAUCAGUAAAGCACAGCCGUUGAUUGAACUUAUAAAAUCUUCCUUAGAUCUCUUGAAAUGGUCCUUACGCCAUAAGGAGAAUUGGCGGGAAAAGGAAAAAGAGAGAGAGAGGGGCAGAGAUGAGCUCGUCGGCAGUAGACGCAGAAUCGCCGGAUCUAGUGUGCCAGUUGGACAACGUCCAAGGCAUGGUCGACGCACUCUCCGCCGUUCGAUGGAAACGCCAUCAGGACGCAGUGGUGGAAUUAUCAGAGCACGGCAUGGUUUUGAUCGUAGAGGAUACCGGUUGUCUUCAAGCCAAAGUUUAUCUUCAACGCGAGCUAUUCGUUCGCUAUGAAUAUAAUGCUGAAGGGCGACCGAGGUUUGGAGUGAGCUUGGGACUCAUUGUUGACUGUUUGAACACAUUUUCUUCGCCUGGACGUUCUAGUAUGAUUGAGAUUCAAUACCCAGGACCUGAUAUGCAGCUUCUUGUCAAGUCUGUCGAUUCACCGGAUGCUUGCAUUUAUGCGGAAAUCAGGACAAGGAUACCGGAUACAAUUUCAUGGGACUACAACUUUGAACCUGCAGGAAGCACACCACUUACCUUUACUGUGAAGUCUGCAGCACUAAAGGAAGCAAUUGAUGAUCUGGAAUGGCCGGGGUCAAGCAUCCAGAUCAUUCUAUUGCCAGACCCCCCUUGUGUUAAAUUUAAAGGAGAAGGCCAUGGAGACUUGCAGAUAGAUUUCAUGUAUUAUGUGAAUACUGAUCUUUUGAUUGCAUUUCAUUGUGAUCGGCAAAUCUCCUAUAAGUAUAAAUACAAAUUUCUCCGAGCAACAACUUCAAAUCUACCUAGUAGCGUUAUUAAGGAUAACAGAGGAAGUAAGUUGACUAUUGGGAGAGGAGGAAUGUUGAAAGUUCAGCACUUGGUUUCUGUAGCAAGACCAGCUACUUCACAUCCGCAUAUUGAUUCUGCUGGCCAUCAGCAACCUAGUCGAAUUGCCUAUAUUGAGUUCUUUGUGAAGCCUGAGGUAGAUGAAGACACAGUAAAUAAUUCAUAGGACUCUCCUGAAAUUUUUUGCAUCUCAAUUUGGAGCUGUCAGUGAUCUAUCAUGUUCUUGCAGUGAAUUUUAACUCCGCUUGCAAAGCUGACUGUUUAGUAAUACUUAAUGUAAGAGAAGGUAAGAUUUGGUUCCGAAUUGUAAUUUCAAUUAUAGAAAAAUAGCCCGUGAUGGGAUCUGAAGUUCAAUAAAAGAAAAAGGAAACUCGGACCAGUUGGGACUUGAACCCGACGUGAAUCGAACACGCAACCUUCUGAUCUGGAGUCAGACGCGCUACCAUUGCGCCACGGAUCCGACCUAUUAUUGUGGCUUGUAUAAAACCUUAUGUAACAUGUAUCGUAAUGUUAAAGAAUAUCGAUCUUUUAGACCAUGUA